CCUUCAUUCUAUCUAUCUGUUGGGUAGCAUUUGCUCCAAGAGAGAGUGAGAGAGAGUAAUAGGGCACAUUUGUUCGAAUCCCCCACAACAAGGAUGAGUUACCCCUACUACUCUCCUCCACCACCUUCACCACCUCUGCCAUGCUCUCCUCCACCACCACCGCCACCUGCCCCAUGUAACCCUGUAAGCUCACCACCGCCACCUCAUCACCACCACCACCACCACCAUCACCACCAUCCACCAAAACACUACAAUAGCCAUCCACCGCCACCACCACCGCUACCUCCGCCGCCUCACCACCACCAUGAUUAUCCGAAGCCACCAACUCCGUCACCACCACACCACCACCAUGACUAUCCAAAGCCACCAACUGCGUCACCACCACCACCGCACCAUCAUGACUAUCCUAAACCUCCACCUCCUUCUCCUACACCCCCACAUCACCAUGACUAUCCUAAACCACCACCUCCUUGUCCUCCACCACCACAUCACCAUGACUAUCCUAAACCUCCAACUUAUUCACCACCUCAAGCAGUACCACCCUCAGUUCCAGCACAACCACCAACCAAACAUGAGGCUCCACCACCUGAAUAUGUACAUCCACCAAAGCCCAGCCCAACUAUUCCACCACCACAAUCACCUCCGAAAGCUUAUCCACCAAAGAGCAACCAACCUCCAGUCCACCCUCCAAAGCCAUACCCUCCAAAAGCAUCACCACCAAGCCACCCUCCAAAGCCAUACCCUCCCAAAUCCUCACCACCAAAAAGCCAACCUCCAGUCCACCCUCCAAAGCCCUACCCUCCCAAAUCAUCACCACCACAAAGCAGCCACCCUCCAGUACAACCACCAAAGCCAUACCCUCCAAAAUCAUCACCACCAAAGCCCAGUCACCCUCCAAAGCCUUACCCUCCAAAAUCAUCACCUCCCAAAGCAUCGCCUCCAAAAAGCACCUACCCUCCAAAGGCAGCGCCACCAAAAUCCGCAUACCCACCAAAGGGUGCGACCCCACCUGCAUUCCCUCCUGGUUACUACACUCCUCCUACCCCUUUCAACGCUGUCCCGCCUUCAUCUGAAAUCGUGGCACCGCCACCGGGGAAAAACCACACCACUGUCAUCGCGGUAUGCGUCUCCCUGGGUGGUGCCUUCUUCCUUGCCUUCCUCUUAGUCGGCCUCUUUUGCUUCGCCAAGAAGAAGAAGAAGAGAGUGAUGGUUCCUGCAGCAGUUCCUUGUAUUGAGGAAGAAGAACAUCAACCAGAAGCAGUGCCAGCAGUAGGAGGAGGCGCAUAUGGUGCUGCGCCACCUCCAGUAGCGGUUCCUGUAGAGCAACACGGAUAUGGUGGUGGUGGCGGUGCAGCUGAGAUCGGGCCUUCUGGGCCGACAGCUUAUGCUCCUCCAGGUCAUCAUCCAAGUUAUUGAUAAUGCCACGUCAUUCUCGGGUUGCAAUAUUCGUACACGUUCAGUGUGAUUUCAUUGCAUUAUUCUUUAGGUUUGUAAUAAAGUUUGGUCGAUUGUUGAUU